AUGGGCCAGCUCCGCCAGGCCUCUGCCAAAGUGCUAACUAUCGAAGAGAAGAAGAUCAUCUUGAACAAAGAAAACUAUCGAAAAGCCAUCCAGGACCGGAUCGCCAAAAUCCCAUUGGAAAACUACAGAAACUUCAGUAUCGUGGCACAUGUGGACCACGGCAAGUCCACGUUGUCAGAUCGUCUUCUUGAGCUCACGGGAGUCAUACAGCCAGGGUCCAACAAACAGGUGUUGGACAAGUUGGAUGUGGAAAGAGAACGAGGCAUCACCGUGAAGGCUCAGACCGUGUCGAUGAUCUACAACGACCCCACCACCUCCCAGGACUACUUGUUGCAUCUUGUCGACACCCCGGGACAUGUCGAUUUCAGGUUGGAGGUGUCAAGAUCUUACGCUUCUUGUGGGGGUGCCUUGCUUCUCGUGGACGCUUCACAGGGUGUCCAGGCCCAGACAGUGGCUAACUUCUACUUGGCCUACAGUAUGGGCCUCAAGUUGAUCCCCAUCAUCAAUAAAAUUGACUUGGAUCAGGCAGAUAUCCCCAUGGCAAUGGACCAGGUGGAAAACACCUUCGAGCUUCCACGAGAAGACUGUAUAGCCGUGAGUGCUAAGACGGGGUUGAACGUGGAGGCCAUCAUUCCUCUGAUCAUCGAAAAGAUCCCAGCUCCUUCUGGAAGCGAGAAAAAGCCCUUGAAGGCAUUAUUGGUGGACUCGUGGCACGAUCCAUACGUGGGCGUGGUAAUGUUGGUCAAUGUGGUGGAUGGCCAGAUUAAAAAGGGCAUGAAGCUCCUCUCAGCACACUCACAGAAAGUCUACGACGUGAAAGAGGUGGGAAUCAUGUAUCCAGACAAGUUGGCCAUGGACAGAAUUGGUGCAGGCCAAGUAGCCUACAUCAUUCCAGGAAUGAAAAACCCCAGAGAAGCCUUAGUUGGUGACACUUUCUUCCAGUACGGGAAGCACGAGGGCUUGGAGGCCUUGCCUGGUUUCGAGGAGCCCAAGCCAAUGGUUUUCUUGGGGGCAUUCCCUGCGGACGGUACCGAGUUCAAUGUAAUGGACGACCAUAUGCAAAACUUGGUCCUCAAUGAUAGAUCGGUCACUUUGGCCAAAGAAACCUCCAAUGCUUUGGGGUUGGGGUGGAGACUCGGAUUUCUCGGGUCUCUUCAUGCUUCUGUGUUCAAGGAAAGACUUGAGAACGAGUAUGGGGCCAAAAUCAUCUUGACUGCUCCCACCGUGCCUUACAAAAUUGUCUACCGAGAUGGCAGCGAGAAGAUCGUUACCAACCCAGACGGAUUUCCUGCCGCAGACAAGGGCCACAAUGUGGAGAUGUACAUGGAGCCAUUUGUUGAUGCCAUCAUGACAGUUCCUGGCGAAUAUGUGGGAACAGUGAUGACAUUGUGUGAAAACAACAGAGGCGUACAGACAGAACUCGAGUACUUGACUACUGGACAGGUUUUGUUGAAAUAUCAAAUCCCGUUGGCAGAAUUGGUCGAGGAUUUCUUUGGCAAAUUGAAGGGCUGCACUAAAGGGUACGCUUCGUUGGACUACGAAGAUGCUGGCUACAAGAAGUCUGAUAUCGUGAAGAUGGAGUUGUGUGUCAAUGGAGAACCCCAGGAUGCCUUGACCACCGUGCUACACAGAUCACAAGCACAAAGUAAGGGAAAGGAAUACGUGACCAGGUUCAAAGAGUACUUGAGAUUUCAGUUGUUUGAGGUGGCCAUUCAAGCGAAAAUCAACAACAAGGUAGUGGCUAGAGAAACUAUCAAGGCAAAAAGAAAGGAUGUCACUCAAAAGUUGCAUGCCGCAGAUAUUUCCAGAAGAAAGAAGUUGUUAGAAAGACAGAAGGAAGGAAAGAAACAGAUGAAGGCCACGGGAAGGGUCCACAUUAAUCACGAUGCAUACCAAGCAUUCUUGCGGAGAAAUUAG